GUUAGGGGCGACCGCAGUCAGUGUAUUCUUGUAGCUGACUUGUGAAUGUGGCAGCGGCGAGCCAGGGAGGGGUGAACCGGUGUUUGGAUUUUUAUAUUCAAGUAACGAUAGCUAGUUUACAGUCAUAGCUUGUGAUAUAUAUUUAGAAACAACAACGGAAUCACGAAUUGUGUUUGGAUUAUUAUUGUCUAACCCGAAGAGAAUAUGAAAAAUAACAUGGGGCGUUAGGGGAUGUUGAAAUGAUUAUCUGCGAGGAUAUAUAGCUCAAGCUAUUUUUAUAUUUUUUCUCGUUUUCCCCACUUUGGAUUUAUUUUACAUACCGUGGGAAAACCGGACAAGCCGCCGGACAGCGGGCCGAGAGGAUGGACCAGGCGAAUAUCCUGAGAAAGUUCAUCCAAGGGGUUUGUGUUAUGCGAGAAGGGGACCAGAAAGGAGAGGAUAACUUCGGCAGUGACUUUAUGAGAUUACGAAGAUUAUCGACCAAAUACAGGACAGAGAAGAUCUACCCCACCAACGUCGGGGAGCAGGAAGGGAAUGUGAAGAAGAACCGCUAUAAAGACAUACUGCCCUUUGACCACACAAGGGUAAAGCUGACUUUAAAAACAACCAAUCAGGAUGCAGAUUACAUCAAUGCCAGCUUCAUCAAGGGAAUGGAUGGUCCAGAGGCCUACAUCGCUACCCAGGGUCCUCUAACCAACACUGUCAUCGACUUCUGGAGAAUGAACUGGGAGUACAGUGUAGCCGUCAUCGUAAUGGCAUGUCGAGAAUUCGAGAUGGGAAGGAAAAAGUGUGAGCGGUACUUUCCCCAGUUUGGUGAUGAGCCCGUGUCUUUUGGCCCCUUCAGAAUCUCCUGUGAAUCAGAACAGCCCAGAACGGACUAUUUCAUCAGGACCCUGACAGUGGAGCAUGACAAUGAGACACGUAGGAUAACCCAGUUCCAUUACAUCAACUGGCCAGACCAUGACGUCCCCUCGUCCUUUGACUCCAUCUUGGAUAUGAUUGGUCUGAUGAGAGAGUACCAGGAGCAUGAUGAUGUACCCAUCUGUAUACACUGCAGUGCUGGCUGUGGGAGGACAGGCGCCAUCUGUGCUAUAGACUACACAUGGAACCUACUAAAGGCUGGGAAGAUUCCAGAAGACUUCAACGUGUUCCGGCUGAUUCAGGAGAUGAGAACACAGAGACAUUCUGCUGUUCAGACCAAGGAACAGUAUGAGUUGGUUCACAGAGCCAUCUCUCAGCUCUUUGAGAAACAGCUGCAGCUCCUGGAGAGCCCCACCAACUCAGAGAUCCAUGGUGGCAUGGACGAUGGGCUCAGCCCAGAGAAAGCUGGACACCACUCAGACGAGGAGCGAUGGGACACACCGCCCCCCAAACCACCCCGCGUACGCAGCAGUCAGUUGGAAGGGGACGUGAAAGAGGAGAUCCUUCAGCCCCCAGAGCCUCGCCCGGUUCCUCCCAUCCUGACCCCGUCUCCCCCCUCUGCCUUCCCCACCGUCACCAACGUACGUCAGGACAACGACCGCUACCACCCCAAGCCGGUCAUCCACGUCCUGGCCUCUGCACAACAACAACAACAACAGCAGCAGCAGCCCCAGAAAGCCCAACAAGCCCAACAGUCCCCCGACCUGAAGGACAACUAUAACAAGACAUCGUUGGACAGUGUCCCCUCAGGAGGCCCCCCUGCCCAGGCCCCCUCUCCCUCCUCCCCCUCCCCAGUGGAUGGGGCAGUGCGUCUAGAGAGGAAGCUGAGUAUUGAGAUACAGAAGGUUCCGUUACAGGAGGGUCCUAAGAGCUUCGAUGGUAACAGCAGGCUGCAAAGAUCCCUUGCCUUCAAAGCCCGGUCCAACACCUCCAGUUCCUCUCUUUCUGAGGACUCAGGGGCCGACGGGGGGCCCCCCAACAUGACGCACAAGGGCGCCUUUGGACCCCUCCCCUCCCGCCCCAACCACCUGCCCCUUAAGGGGGAGAAGGGGGGUCAGGCAGGCUGGAUCAGCCCAGAGAAAGCCCCCACACCUCCAGCCCUGGUGGCUGGGUCAGAGAGCGCCCCCACCUCCAAUCUGACCUCUUCCCAGCCCCACUCCUCCACCUCCACCCCUGUCAGGACUGCUCUGAGCUUCACCAAUCCUCUGCACUCAGACUUCCCUGAUGUGAAGGGAGAUGGAGGAGGGGAGGGUUCCAGACCCUCCUGGUCCUCCAAGGCUACGGCCACGGUUACGGCGGCCCACGGCGAACACCCGCCCAGGAAGGUGUCGACCAUGUCCAUCGCCGAGCAACGGUCGCCGACGGAAACGGCAUCAAACAGUGACCAGAGUGAAGAUUCCCCUCCCCCUCUACCUGAGAGAACCCCAGAGUCCUUCAUUUUGGCCACAGACCCAUCAGAGUUGAAGGCACCAGGACCAUCAGACUGGAGUUUCUCGGAGGACCAGUCAGGAAAAGGAGCAGGUUUUCCUCAGGAGCAGAGGAGUACACAGGCACAGAUAGCAGAGAGAGAACCGUCAGGAGAGAGGAGUAAGAAGAUUUCAGAUGCAGCAGGAGUGGAAACAUCACCUGCCAACAUCACAGUAGCAGACAGCACAGCAGAGAGCAAGGCUUCCUCAGAGAUGGGAUACGACCACACCAGUAAGGACAAGACGAAGAAGCAGAAGAAACACAAAGUGAUGAAUGAGAUCAAGAGGGAGAACGGAGAGGUGAAGCUCCUUCAGAAAGACAAGCAGAAACCCCAGAUAAACUCAGAGGAGCUCCAGAUUAAAAAGGUGAAGAAGAAGAAGAAGAAGAAACACAAAGAGAGUGAGAGGGAGAAGUGGAAACGUCCCAAGAUGUACAACAGGUCCAGCCAGACCGUGUGUGCUGGUCUCCUCUCUGAGCUCCAUGCAGGCCUGGUCUCCAAACAACAGCCCCACCACCACCACGGCCACACAGAGUUCAAACCCCCGCUCCCCGUCCACCACCACCACACCUCCACCACCUCAUCCAUCAAACAGGAGAACUGCUACAGCCCCUCUCCAACUCUGUCCCUCUCCAAGCCCCUAUGGAGCAGCAGCAAUAGCAGUAGCAGUAGCAUUAGUAGUUGGGACCCAGCUUCCCCCAUGACAUCCCCCCUCCAGAUCCCCCAGCCACGGUGCCCCCAGCCUGGCUUUGAGAACCUGGAGUUCGCCCGCUUCAUCCACGUAGAGGAACAACCCAACGGUGGAGCCCUGGUGGCACACGCCUACUGCAGCGAGCUCUCGGCCCUGUCUCCAGCGGAGAUGCAGCAGUUCGCCCAGGAGUUUGUUACCCUAGCCUUCAGCGAGGACACGUCAUCCCAGGCAGCUCACUACGUCAUGGGCAUCAUCCACGGGGCAGCCUCCUACCUGCCUGACUUCCUGGACUACUUCUCCUGGAAGUUCCCCUCGUCGCCGGUCAAGAUGGAGAUCCUGGGGAAGAAGGAUAUAGAGACCACCACCAUGCUCAACUUCCACAAUCAGGUAAAGAGAACGUACAGCCACGGGACGUACCGGGCAGGUGCCAUGCGUCAGAUCAGUCUAGUGGGGGCAGUGGACGAGGAGGUGGGGGAUUACUUCCCAGAGUUCAUCUCUAUGCUGGAGGAGUCGCCCUUCCUAGAGCGGACGCUACCGUGGGGUACGUUCUCCAGUCUGAAGCUGAAGAGUCCAACAGAGAGUGAUGACGGGCCCAUCAUGUGGGUACGACCUGGGGAACAGAUGAUCCCUGUUGCUGACAUACCAAAGUCUCCCUACAUAAGGAGAAGGUCAACCAAUGAGAUCAAGAACCUGCAGUACCUACGUCGGGCCAGCGAGCCUCGUGAGAUGCUGUUCGAGGACCGGACGCGGGCCCACGCUGACCACAUCGGACAGGGCUUCGAGAGGCAGACCACCGCCGCUGUAGGGGUGCUCAAGGCCGUGCGCUGUGGAGAGAGCGCGGAGCCCCCUCGCGUUACCAAAGACGUGAUCUGUUUCCAUGCUGGAGACUUCCCUAAUGUAGUCCAGAGGUUACAACUGGACCUGCACGAACCACCUCUGUCCCAGUGUGUGCAGUGGGUGGACGACGCUAAGCUGAACCAGCUGAGACGCGAGGGGAUCCGCUACGCCCGUAUCCAGCUGUACGACAACGACAUCUACUACAUCCCUCGUAGUGUGGUUCAUCAGUUCAAGACGGUCUCUGCUGUCUGCAGCCUGGCAUGGCACAUCCGCUUAAAACAAUACCACCAAGAGCCUCCGGCCGAGGAGGAGAGGAAGGUGGACGUGUCGACGCUACGAGUCAAACAGGAGCAGUUUGGGGAUGCCUUGAUGGGAGGGACCACAGCUCCUCUCACGGACCCCAAACCCCCCACAGACAGAGACACUGCCCACCCGGAGGUCAAAGUGGAACCUCAACCUGCGGAUAUAAGGCUGCCCAAGCCCUCUGUCACCUCACCCAUCGCCCCCCUACCAACUCCCAUCACCCCCCUAACUCCCUCCAAAUCCUCUUUCCAGGACACCAAGCCCAAAUCACAUCACCAUCAUCCCCACUACUACCACCACCACCAUCACUCAGAAUUAUAUCAAACCACUACCACACACUCUUCCUUGUCUUCCUCACUCAAACCCUCCCCCACCUCCACCCCCCCAUCCUCUCCCAAACCCAGUCCGUCAUCCUCUUGUACCCCCUCUCCCAAAUCUAGUCCCACUUCUACACACUCUCCCCCCUUCAAACCCAGCCCGGCUUCCACUCGUACCCCCAGUCCCUCUCCCCCCUUCAAACCCAGCCCGGCUUCCACUCGUACCCCCAGUCCCUCUCCCCCCUUCAAACCCAGCCCGGCUUCCACUCGUACCCCCUGUCCCUCUCCCUCACGCAAACCCUGCCACACCCCUGUCCUUACCCACACCCCUACCCAUAUCCCUAUCCUUACCCACACCCCUACCCCUACCCUUACCCACACCCCUACCCAUACCCCUACCCAUACCCACACCCCUGUCCUUAACCACACCCCUAUCCUUACCCACACCCCUACCCAUAUCCCUAUCCUUACCCACACCCCUAUCCUUACCCACACCCUUACCCACACCCUUACCCAUACCCUUACCCAUACCCAUACCCUUACCCAUACCCCUGUCCUUACCCACACCCCUAUCCCCUUUUUGACGCCCUCCUCUGCACCCCUUCUAUCUUCUUCAAGCCUGGCCUCCAGCCACACAGAGAGCAGGACCCCUACACCCCAGGUCCGGGCCCAACCCCAGCCCAGACCGGACAAACCCCAGGACAAAGACACUUCUCUUUACACAAAGGCCCCAGUCACCCCCCCGGAAACACGGCCUCCUGGCCCCCCGCACCGCUCCUCCCUCUCCUUUAAACACCACCUGCAUGAGCAGCACCAGAAAGACUGUUUCUACUGAUCUUUGUACAUAGUGUUUUAAAAUGGCUCUUCGGGGUUCUGUUUUAAUCCCAUCUAAAGGAAGGAGAAGACAGACUUUAAACCAUGAUAUCAGCACGGUGUGUGAUGUAUUCUAAGGGACACGUAAAGCUCUGUUGGGUUUGCAUCCUAAAUGGUGCCCUAUUCCCUAUAUAGGGAUCUACUUUGUGACCAGGGCCCAUAGGAGAGAGAUCUGAUCAAAAGUAGUGCACUAUAUUGGACAUAGGGUACCCUUUAGGAUGCACACUUGCUCUGUUCUGUUACCGAAUGAAUACAUUGCAAAUGUAACAUUCCUCAGUGCCUGUCCAUAACUGUGUAGCCUGGUCCCAGAUCAGUUUGUAUUGUCUUGUCUCAUUGUUGACCGUACAGUAGGAGUUGGCUUGGCAAGAACGCAUAAACUGAUCUGGGACUCAGGCUAAUAUCUGUGAACUGUCAAAGCACUUAGGGCCAGAAGCACUGGUACUCUGCAGGUCUGACAAACAUACAGGUUCUUAAAUAAUAUAUUUUAGUUUUAGGUUAUAGAUGGAUUAUUAUUAGAGCUGACAUUAACAUAUAUAUAUUUUUUGUAAGAUGAUGAGACAUUAUUUUAAAGGAUUUACUCCAGGCUUUUUUUUGUUCCCCCUCAGAGGCUUAUUUAUAUCAAGGAAGCUUUUUAGUUUUCAUAAUUUUCUGUUCGAUUUUAAUUGUCAGCACUGUAGUGUAAAUAACUUUUUGUAAGGAGAAAAACUUGUAGUGUGAUUUCUACAUAAAUAUGGAGCUCUUAAUAAAGGUUAACGUUACGAGUGA